AAGAAAGAAUAAAAUAUGAAAAGAAGUGUCUGAAAAAGGAGUGCUAGAAGCAACAAGAAGUGAGUGUGUUGAUUGCAAGAAACGGUGGGAGAGUUUGAAGAGAGAAAGAAGGAGAUGAUGUGAGGCCACGUGACAAGAAGGAAAUGGAAGCGAACCUUGGUUACCUCACCUCUCCAUUUCACACAUUCUUGGCCGACUCUCUCAAAAGCUCUACCACCACGCCAGAACCCGUGCCAGUUUGCGUGCCACACACAACCAAGCAAAGCAUUCAACCUCCCCAACAGAGCCACUCCUCCCCCCAAGGAAUAACUCCUCCACCACCAUCCCUGUUCCUUUAUAACCAUGCACAACCUUCACCUUAAACCCUAGCUUCCUUUUCUUUAUUCUUUUCUCGCCGACUGCUUCUCCUAAAACAGAGCACCGGAUCAUGGAAGGGGUUUCCAGGGAAGCCCAUAUGUCGAUCGCUGCUUCUUCCAUGUUUCCUGGCUUCAGAUUCUGCCCCACCGAUGAGGAGUUGAUUUCUUACUACCUUAGGAAGAAGUUGGAUGGCCAUGAAGAGAGUGUUCAAGUCAUUUCUGAGGUUGAGCUCUGUAAAUUCGAGCCUUGGGAUUUACCAGCCAAAUCGUUCAUUCAAUCAAAUAACGAAUGGUUCUUCUUCUCUCCUCGUGGAAGAAAGUACCCAAAUGGUUCACAAAGUAAAAGGGCAACUGAAUGUGGAUAUUGGAAGGCCACCGGCAAAGAGCGUAAUGUAAAGUCAGGUUCCAACGUUAUAGGAACAAAGAGGACUUUGGUGUUUCACUUGGGGCGUGCACCUAAAGGGGAGAGGACUGAAUGGAUUAUGCACGAGUACUGCAUCAAUGACAAAUCUCAGGAUUCUUUGGUUAUUUGUCGGCUGAAGAGGAACACAGAGUUCCGUUUGAGUGAUCAUUCGAAUAGAGCUUCUUCAAGUCAAAGGCAUCCCGUGAAUUCACACGAAAGUGGUUGUGCCAUAUCAGAAGGUGGUGGUAUAGAUCAAAGGGAUGUUUGUGAGCAGGACAAAGAGGUGGGAUGUAGCUCCAAGAGGAGCAGUAGCAGUUACGGUUCUCCUUCCAAUGAGCAGAUUGAUUCUGUCUCGGAAUCCAAUCAUCGACCAGUUAAUGAAGCUACACUGACAGAAUCUUCAGAACAAGCAAAGGAGGUGUAUGAAGAGGAUUGCUAUGCAGAGAUACUGAAGGAUGAUAUCAUAAAACUGGACGAAUCAUCAAUCUCAGCAGAGGGUCACACAGGAGCACAGGAACCUGCACAGAUGCAUCCUGCGCAAGGCACAGCACAACGGAGAAUAAGAUUAAGGGUUGGGAAUUCAAAGCGUUCUUCUUCUGCAGUGGUUGGUUUCCGAAGCACAAUAAUGCACUCUUCAAAGAGUACCUUCUUCGCCGGAAUAAGCAACAGUUUGGUGGCACUUGUUUUCUUGGUUUUCACUCUGAUAUUUUUGCUGUUUGUUGGGUGGAGUCAGUCAAGUGAAGUGUUAAGCGGUUGUAACCUAUGAUUAGUGCUACGCAAGUGUAGGCAAUUUGUUAAACUGCUUCUUUCUUAAUAGCAUGUUGCAUUGUUGCAUUGUUGCAUUAACCUAGUCUUUUAGAUUUCGUGUACAAAUGAAUGAUGGGGUUUGUAGUGGAUGAGGAUUGGGAAUUUGAGAAA